AUGAAGCAUUCGAAACUUGUAGCUUUAAAAGAAAUAAACAUUGAUAAUGAUGAUAAAAUUAAAAGAUUUCUUAAUGAGUUAAAAUUACAUAGUAAAGCAAGGCAUCCUCACAUUAUAGGACUUUUUGGAAUAAGUUGGAACCAUAAUAACGGAACGUGUUGCUUGGUUAUGGAAUAUGCCGAAGGCGGAACUUUACAGCGAUAUCUAAAAAUUAAUAGCGAUAGACUUCCUUGGUCGGAAAAGAUUAAAUUGUGUGUACAGCUCAUUAAGGGAAUUGCUUAUUUACAUAAUAUAAUGAUAGCACAUUUAGAUUUGGAUCCAGUUGCAUUAUAUCUUGAAAUUCCUAAUGGCUUGCGAGAAAAGCCA